CUUGCCAAAAUGGAAAUUUCAUACGAUCUGGCAACACUAGUUGAAACAAAAACCAAAUAGUAUUCGCAAAACAUUUUUAUUUUAACUUGAUCAUCGGUCUUGAAAAAUAUUGCAUUUGAACGAAAUUCUUAGAAUUAAAAAUAUGUUUUAUUUAAAUACAAAAACUUUAUUUAAACUCUGACGAUUGUAUCGCAAAAUAAAGAUUAAAGUGGCAAAAUAUACAGGAUAUCACACAUACAUAUGUAUGUAUAUAUGUACAUACCUGCAUAAUAUUGCUAUCAACGUGCAUUUAGAUAUAGCGAGAAAUCCGGUACAAGAUGCAAAACUGCUUUAAGAAAUUGAUGAAGGAAGACAAUUUUGAUAAAAUAUUUGGUGUUUUUAAUUUUUUUAUUCAUAUAGUGCAGUUAUAUUUAGUUUAUUUAAUAAUGGAUUUAUGUCCAUACGCCAAUCUUCCCAUGUUUUUUGUAGUUUUUAUAUGUUAUGUAAAUUUUUUGUAUUUUGUUUGUAUAUUAUGGGGUAAAAUUGUGGGCAGUUAUGGCCCUAAAUUCGAGUUAUAUUUCCCUUUUCUUAUGAAUACUCUAUUUUUCUGUGUGUUCACUUUAUUUUUGUACUUACAAAGUUUUACUUACGAACUUUCCAUGAAGGAAGAAUUGACUGAAUUGUUUGAAGCUUAUAAGGCAGGAUACAACAUUAAUCAUUUUAACCAGUUUCUUAAAGAUCACAAAUGUUGUGGAUUAGAAGAUUCAAAAACUUGGAGGAAUUUUAACCAUCCUUAUCCUUCGGCAUGCUGCGGUUUUGUAAAUUCUGAAAAAAAUUGUACUGAACUAGAACCUAGCUUUCAAAAGGAAGGAUGUUUGUUAGUUUAUUCCAGAAAAUUACACAAUUAUAUCAAUGUUUUAGGAAGUACAUGCAUUUCUUCUGUGAUUUUAUUUGUAAUAGCAUAUAUUAUUUAUGAAGAGAAAAUUUACACAAUACUGAAGAAACCAAAAACUAGAAAUAAGGAGGCUGCCAAUCCAAUAUAAAAUUUAUAAGUAUGAAAAAUGAUUUUAUUGAGCUUCGAUAAAAAAAAAAAACAAUAUUAUUAAUUAAAAUAUAAAUUUUUGUUAUACAACAAAAUAAAAGAAACAAGAAAUAUGAAAAAAGAAAGGAAAAAUAAAAUAAAAAAUAGAAACCGCAUCAUAUUAUAUCAUAUAUUAUACCGAGUACUCAUUGGACCCUAGGUGGCCUAGGUGGUAAGACAUGAUGGAAAUUCUGACAUGAUGAUGAUACUUUAACAUUCAAGAGGAAAGUAUUACGCAUAGGGAAAAAUAUAAAGCAUUUUAAAGAAGCACAAAACCAUUUCUGUAAUUCAUUCCAGUACAAAGUGGCAAAAAUGGCAUAUCCAUAUCAUAAUUUCUUUAUAAAUUUAAAACACAUAUUUCCUAUUAAUAUACUUGAACAUACACGCAUGUAUCGGUAAUAAUUAUAUUUCUAUUGUUAAAA